CUCGGUGCGCGGCGGAGAGCGAGGCCUGGUGAGCAGCGCCGGAGCGCGGGCCGGCUGCUCGGGGUUGUGCGCGCGAGAGGCCCGGCGGGCCGGCGGGCGAGCGAGCGAGCGAGCGCCUCAGCUUCGUGGCGCCGGGGCCGGUUGCCGAGAACCCGAAAUCAUGUCGACCCCCGGAAAAGAGAACUUUCGCCUCAAAAGCUAUAAGAACAAAUCUCUGAAUCCUGAUGAGAUGCGAAGGAGGAGGGAAGAAGAAGGACUGCAGCUUCGCAAACAGAAAAGGGAAGAGCAGUUAUUCAAACGAAGAAAUGUUGCCACAGCGGAAGAAGAAACAGAAGAGGAAGUUAUGUCAGAUGGAGGCUUUCAUGAGGCCCAGAUUAAUAACAUGGAGAUGGCCCCAGGUGGUGUUAUUACUUCUGACAUGAUUGAAAUGAUAUUUUCCAAUAGCCCAGAGCAGCAGCUUUCUGCCACACAAAAAUUCAGAAAACUGCUUUCAAAAGAGCCUAACCCUCCUAUUGAUGAAGUUAUCAGCACUCCAGGAGUGGUGGCCAGGUUUGUGGAGUUCCUCAAACGUAAAGAGAAUUGUACAUUGCAGUUUGAAUCUGCUUGGGUACUGACAAAUAUCGCUUCAGGAAAUUCUCUUCAGACCCGGAUUGUGAUUCAAGCAGGAGCUGUGCCUAUCUUCAUAGAAUUGCUCAGCUCGGAGUUUGAAGAUGUUCAGGAACAGGCAGUCUGGGCUCUUGGCAACAUUGCUGGAGAUAGUACCAUGUGCAGGGACUAUGUCUUGGACUGCAAUAUCCUUCCUCCUCUUUUGCAGUUAUUUUCAAAGCAAAACCGCCUGACCAUGACCCGGAAUGCAGUAUGGGCAUUGUCUAAUCUCUGUAGAGGGAAAAGUCCACCACCAGAAUUUGCAAAGGUUUCUCCCUGUUUGAAUGUGCUUUCCUGGUUACUAUUUGUUAGUGACACUGAUGUGCUGGCUGAUGCCUGCUGGGCCCUUUCGUAUCUGUCAGAUGGACCCAAUGACAAAAUUCAAGCAGUCAUUGAUGCAGGAGUGUGUAGGAGACUUGUGGAGCUACUGAUGCAUAAUGAUUACAAAGUGGUGUCCCCUGCUUUGCGGGCUGUGGGAAACAUUGUCACAGGGGAUGAUAUUCAGACACAGGUAAUUUUGAAUUGCUCAGCUUUGCAGAGUUUAUUGCAUCUGUUGAGUAGCCCAAAGGAAUCAAUCAAGAAGGAAGCAUGUUGGACAAUAUCUAAUAUCACAGCUGGAAAUAGAGCACAGAUCCAGACUGUGAUAGAUGCCAACAUUUUCCCAGCCCUUAUUAGUAUAUUACAAACUGCUGAGUUUCGGACUAGAAAAGAAGCAGCUUGGGCCAUCACAAAUGCAACGUCUGGAGGAUCAGCUGAACAGAUCAAGUACCUGGUAGAACUGGGUUGCAUCAAACCCCUGUGUGAUCUUCUCACAGUCAUGGACUCUAAGAUUGUCCAGGUUGCCCUGAAUGGCUUGGAAAACAUCCUGAGGCUUGGCGAACAAGAAGCCAAAAGGAAUGGCGCUGGCAUUAACCCUUACUGUGCUUUAAUUGAAGAGGCUUAUGGUCUGGAUAAAAUUGAAUUCUUACAGAGUCAUGAAAACCAGGAGAUAUACCAGAAGGCCUUUGAUCUUAUUGAGCACUACUUUGGGACCGAAGAUGAGGACAGCAGCAUUGCACCCCAGGUUGACCUUAGCCAGCAGCAGUACAUCUUCCAGCAGUGUGAGGCUCCUAUGGAAGGCUUCCAGCUUUGAAGCAAUACUCUGCUUUUGUGUUCCUGUGUCACACCAGGCUACCCAGUCAAGUCUUCUUGUGGAGCCCACAGUCCUCAUGGAGCUAACUUCUCAAAUGUUUUCCAUAAUACUGUUGCGCUCAUUUGCUUGCCUUGCGCACCUGCUCUCUUACACACAUCUGGAAAACCUCUGGCUCUCUGUGGUGGAAUGCCCUUCUAAUAAAAGGGUAACCAGAACGGCCCACUGUCUUAUGGAAAAAUCCCUAGGCUUCGGAGAUCUGCACUAUUAGAAUCAUGGGGAUACACACAUUAGUGUGUGGUGGUUCCCUUUUUUUUGUAGGGGAAAAAGAGGACUCCCCAUUCCCUUUAAAGUGGGGAAAAAAUACUGACAUUAAAAGAUGAAACUAAAUGUUUAUCUUGAAUUUCACACAACUACUUGUGACAAGGGAGAUGUUUAGACAUUAUGUGUAAACUUCAGAGUACUUCUCAUGAGUUCUUCCACAUUGAACCCUUGGAUUACCUGGUGGCUUUUUCUAGCCAAAUUUGCAUUAAUCCUUACUGAGAUUGGAUGGUUUUCUUUCUACUAUUGGAGCCAGUCUUCAGAUACUAAGAUUAAACCAUCCACUCCCUCACCUUCAGCCUUCAGUGAAUGUGCUUAAUUGUCAGGAAUGCUGAAGAAUUAACACUUUGAUUCUUAAGUGUGAUACAGGUUUGCAGAUUCCCUUAAAGCAGAAUGAAGAGGAGCACAUACUAAUUUGUAUGGUUUUAGCUUCUCUUUGGUCUUAAUGUGUUUUGGGAUUUGGAAUGGCUCAAUUCAGUGAUUUAGAAUCUUAGUGAUCAAAAAACCAUAUCCUAUAAUUUAGUAUCAAAAAAAGUAAGAGAAACAAAAAAAUACCCCUCUAGUUUUUCCAGACUCAACCAGUAUGACUAGAGGUUGUGCACUAAACAAAUGUGUCAGGCUUUGUGGUCCUGAUCAAGGUCCUCAUUGAAUUGGAGCUCGCCCUAGGUGCUUUCCCCUCUGUAACCGGCAGAUUACAUACAAAGGUAACUUAUGGGUUUUCUUUCUUAGUAAAGUGCAGCUUGAUUUUAAUGCAUUCAUGCUGCACAUAGGAUACCUUUAAUGUAGCAUCCUUCUCAUAAGAAAUAACUGUCUUCUCAACAUGACUUGCUUAACCCAAAUAAGGGCAGUGAUCUUUUUCUGAUGACCUCAGUGUUCCCUGAUCAUUUAUUUCAUCUCCAGCUAGUACUUCCUCCCCUCCCCAGUGAAAACAGUGUCCACCUUAUGACUUGUUUAAUGACAGCUGCACUCUGUACCUACAAGUGGCGCUUCCAGUACUGUGCUCACUGAUCCACAUCUGUCCUUGGACUGGAAUGGAGAAAUAAGCUUAAAUUGCCAAGAGAACUGCAAAUGACUUCUCGGUGCUAGUUGGCCGUCUUGACUAAACGCUGGGAUACACUAUCAGAGAAGAUUCUUUGUUGCUAAUGAUUUGCUAUUCAGAAUGAAUCCUGAAGGAAAAUUGCUCACUUCUGUUUCAGAGCAUACCCUUUUAAACCUCUUUAGACUUGUCUUCUAGAAUUCAUUAUAACCCCAAAGUGUAAAAACUAUCUGGAAGUUGCCCCCUGACAAGCUAUUACACAUCUCUGGUAAAUCCUGCUGAAUGUAAAGGAUAUGCAGAGUUCUCAUACCUCAUCAUGAUGUUAUCUAAGCAGCCAGCUUAUGUGACCUGAUUUAAACUUCCAGAAACCCCACUUCCCUCCAAAUUGAAAGAUUCAAAGACAAAGGACAUUUAUCAGCCAAGAGUGUGACACAGUCUUCGCAUCUAGUCUGUAGUUGUGUCUGUGCUCUGGGAUGGAUACCGUCUGAUGUCUGUCUGUCAUUGAUGGAUCAGCCACUGCAAAACUAGUCAGUUCCCAUCUAUAACUGUUACUUUUCUAGUGCUGCUUUGUGCUGAGAGAACAUUUUAGUUUACUGCACCUGACCUGUAAAAGACUUUUGAUUCUUUGUAAUUUUAGGGGUAAAUUAGGUGGUUAAUUUAAAAGAACUUUCAAUGUUGCCUUUACAUCACAUUAAAAUAUAACUUCUUUCAGAAGGGUAAUAGAAGCACUGAUUCAUAGUAAAAAUCUUGUUUUUAGCUUUGACGUUUUGUGGCUGAAUUUUUUUUUAAUUGUAAAUUACUGGUAACGUCAUUUCUGUAGGAUGUUUUAAAUUAUGUACCUUUUAUUGAAUGGUUCCGCUUCAUUUUUAUAUAAGCCCAUUUAAAUGGAAAAAUAAGAACACAAAAUUAUCUCCCUACAUUAAGAGUAGUUAGUAUUUGGUGGGAAUUUUUGGUAGCAGUUUCAGGUGAAUGAAGUGAAAUUCAGUGAGUUAAUUAAAGCAAUCCAUUUAACUGA